CCCGCUAAAUUUAUCAGGAUUUCAUUUACGAUUUCGACGGGACGACGUUAAUUUGGCCUAGAAUAUUUAUUAAACAGGAAACGUAUAAGCACUCUAUCAUGGAAGCCUCAAAAAAAUGAUGAGGAUGCUUCAAAUUACCCUAAAAAAUUGCCAAAUCCAAUCCAGAAUAUCUAAUCCAACUGCAUUUUCGCCACACAUCAGUUUUUACUACAUAGCUACAAAUUCGGCUUCCCAAGACCUUUCCAACGGUGGCUUUUGUGUAGAAAACAAUGAAGUUUCACAGUCAAAACCCUCGAUGGAUUCAGAUGUUGUUGUCGAUCAUGUGUGCGGUCUUCUACGGCACAAGAAAUGGUCUUCCUUGGAAAAAAUGGUGCCCAGAUUGAAUCCUUCAAGGCUAUAUUCAAUAAUCUGCAGAUGUUCUCAGAAGCCUAGGGUUGCUCUGGAAUUCUUUUUAUGGGUUAAAAAACAGCUAGGACUUCAGCAUACAGUUGAUUCAUAUUGUGUUACGAUUGAUGUCAUGAGAAGAUGGAGAAGGGCGAGGGCUUACGCCUGGGUUUUUCUUCAGCGCCUUCCGAUGCAAAAGAGUAAGGGAUUUAUAUUGGAAGUGGCUCAAUAUUUUAUUAUUAAAUUUCAAAAUUUAAUAGUUUUGGAUACGAUCAUAUAUUCAUUAUCCAGGGCUAAAAUGCUCAGUGAGGCUAUUAUGGUGUUUUGUGAUAUGGGUGGGUAUAAAUUUUGUCGUUCUAUUGAGAGUUUUUACUUUUUUUUAAUGUGUGUGAAGGAGGAGGGCUUAUUUUCAGAUUCUAGCUUAACAAUGGGGCAAUGUAUAACUGAAACUAAUUGGAGUUGGGUCAGUUCAACAAGAGGUUUGCAUUUUAAUGAGAAGGGCGAUUCAGAAAUGAGGAAUGCAUUUUUGGUGCAUAGGGAUUGCAAAAGGUUAAGAUAUGAGCAUUUUUGCAAGGAGGAUACAGAGACAAUGGCAUUUAUGCAUGCAGAAGAAAGGACGGAAUUUGAUAGAAAUUUUGAUGUUUUUGUGUCUGGUUCAAAUAUUUACAAUCAAAAUGAAUACAUAGGAAACAUUUUGGGUGACAAAGAUCGCGAGAAGUUAAGAUUUGAACGGUAUUUCAAGGAGGAUAGAGAGAGUGUGCAAUUUUUACAUGCAAAGGAAAACAUGGAAUUGGGUAAAAAUGUUGGUGUUCUUUCAUCUUGUUCAGAUUUUUUAAAAGAAAUUAGAUCCAUAGAAGCAAUUCUUGUCAAGGAUACUCGUCCAGUUUUGAUUAAAUAUAAUGACACUAUCGGUUACUUGUGUAGGGAGGGCAGGCUGAGGUUGGCUUUUGGGAUUCAAAAUGUGAUGGUCGAGAAGGGUAUUCGCCCCACUAUAUCUACUUAUAAUAUUCUCAUUAACGGGCUUUGUAAAUUUGCUCAGAUGGAUGGGGCAAGUGAGCUGCUAAAGGAUGUUGUUGAAAUGGGUUUUCUCCCUGAUUGUUUUACAUAUAAUACAUUGAUAGAUGGGUACUGCAGGGUAGGGUGCUUGGAAAGGGCAUUUAGAUUGCUGUAUACAAUGUUCAAAAAUGGUGUCCAACCGAAUGUUGUUACGUGCAAUAUCCUCAUGAGUGGUCUAUGCAAAAUUGGCAAAGUGGAGGACGCGAAAAAACUUUGGACUAAAAUAUUGAAUCGGGAUGAGUUGUAUAACUUGGUUAGUUCAACUAUCCUGAUUCAUGGAUGUUGCACCCAAGGCAACAUGCACGAGGCUUUGGAUUUGUGGAACAAAAUGAUGAGUGAAGGUGUUGGGCCAGAUGUUAUUGCUUACAAUGUUCUUAUACAUGGAUUUUGUUUAAAUGGAAAUGUGGGGCAUGCUUUGAAACUGUGUGGGAAGAUGACAAAAGAGGGUCUUGUGCCUGAUAUAUUUACAUAUAAUACCCUGAUUAAUGGGUUCUGUAGGGAGGGUGACUUGCAACAGGCUUGCUGGAUUUAUGAUGGCAUGUUAGAUGCAGGACUUGUCCCAGAUCUUGUUUCCUACAAAACCCUUUUGAGAGAGCUUUGCAAGCAGAGGAAUGUUAUAAAAGCAAAAACAUUUUUUCAGCAAAUGCUUGAUAGUAAUGUUGGUGUUGAUCAUUUUGUAUUUAACAUACUUAUUGAUGGUUAUGUCAAGGAGGGGAAUAUGAUGGAAGCUUUUAGGAUGCGUGAUAAUAUGGUGGCUUUUGGUUUGGUUCCUAAUGAAAUUACCUACAAUUUACUCAUCCAUGGUCUUGGCAAAGAAGGUGACAUUCAACAAGCACUUAGACUGAAGCAUGAAAUGAAAGCAUAUGGUUUAGUACCUGACCUUGUUACUUAUAAUUCACUUAUCUAUGGACUUUGCAAGGACGGUCACACAUUAGAAGCUUCUCAGCUGUAUGAUGAAAUGAUAAGUAAAGGUAUUUGUGCAGACAAAUUUACAUACACUGAACUCAUUUUUGGGUUUUGUAAGAGAGGAAAGAUAGAAAAGGCAUGCGGACUUCUUCUAAGGAUGCAAAGAAAGGGUUUGUGUGUGGAUACCAUAGCAUCUAAUAUUGUCUUUUUGACACUUAGCAAGAGAAAUAAGACAGAUGAGGCACAUGAGCUUUUUGAAAGGAUGAAAAGAAAUGGCUUGCCUGUGGAUAAUAUCACAUACAAUAUUCUCCUAACUGGAUACUUAAAGGAGGGCAAACUGCACAAGGCUCGCAAACUUUUUGAAGAGAUGGAAGUGAAAGAGUUACAUGUCUCUACUCACAACAUUCAUUAAUUAGCUUGGUAAGGGGAUUUCUUAAGAUUUAUGAUGGGAUGAUGCCAAAUUGUCUUGUGACUAGCCUUGAUGCACAGAAUAGCCUGACUAAUGGACACUGAAGUGAAUGCCACUUGCAAGGAGCUGAGGUGCUGUCCGAUGCAGUAAAUGAAAUGGGUGUCAAAUCUGUUGAAUGGCAACAGUGAAACAAAAUGCUGAAAGCCAACUUUAACACGCUGGAACAAAAUGCAGAACUUAAUGUAUCCAACUCUUGACAAACUGUCAAAAUCAGGGCUGCUGCUAGUCUCAAUGUCUGCCAUCAAUGACACUUUGCAUAAAUGUGGGUGAAAACUCAGCUGCAAUUCUUCAAGCAGUGUGAACUGACAACCAUGGAUGGUUCAAUGGGAUAAGUCACUCACAGAAUGUUCAAUAUGGCAGCUUCGGUUGAUAUAUGCUUAUGGAUUAGUAUUCGAUUGGCUGUGGAAGGGCUGGUGCAGAUUCAUGGCUUUGCAGCAGGUUAAGUAAACAAGCAUCUAGAGCUUUACUGGGAUCUAGCUCAGUCAUAUCUAUAGAGUGACGCACCUGAAGAAGAUUGCUUUGGAUCUAGCUCAUUCAUGGCUUUGCAGCAGGUUAAGUAAACAAGCAUCUAGAGCUUUACUGGGAUCUAGCUCAGUCAUAUCUAUAGAGUGACGCACCUGAAGAAGAUUGCUUUGAAUCACCAACUUAAGUUUGAUGAGCCAUUUUUAAGACUAACAAUGUAUACUUGCAAACUUGAAGGAUGAAGUAAAAAAAUAAAAUAAAACUGUUUGAACCAUGGGAAUGAAUUUGCAGAGUGAAUUUGCUUGCUUCAAAAAUCCCCCUUUUUUAGCAGUAACUUGGUUGUAACCUUUGGCACAGCCGCUAGUUACAGAAUGUGAUGCACUUCUCUGAUGGCGGUGGAAGAGAUCGUAAAGAAAAAAUUAAAAAAAUAUAAACCAGUGUCCAUCUUGUACAGUACAUCAUGCACAAGUUCUUUUCUUCAUUUCCCUAAUGUUAUGCUCCUAAGCUGUUAUGGACAUUCCUUUUAAUCAAUCAUUACAGAAAAGCUCUUUUCACUGUAUUUUAAUGAUCUAAUUGCUCUUGCACCGCUGUCUCCCACAUUUGUUUCUUCAGCUUCCCAUUACAUAAUCUUUUAUCGAUAAAUGUUUAACACAAAGAAGCUCCACCAAAAUGCACCUUUGUGGUACACAAUUAAGCAAAAACUACAAAAACUAAAGCAAUACCAGUCUUUUAUCGAUAAAUGUUGAACACAAAGAAGCUCCACCAAUGCACUUCUGUGGCGCACAAUUAAGCAGAAACUACAAAAACUAAAGCAAUACCUUUGGCCCUUGGCUGUCAUCUGUAGUAUCUUCACCAAUACGUGUUGAGGGUUGGUUAUAUCCAAGCAAUUUCUACUGGAAAGGAAACAUUUAGCAGCAAUUCACAUGUAUUCAUCUAUUGAUGAGUUUUAAAGGAAAAGGCCAGAAACUCUCAUGUAAUAUCUUCAGCAGUACAUGUUGAAUGUUGGAUAUGUCCAAUCAAUUUCUACUGGAAAGGAAACAUUUAGCAGCAAUUCACAAGGAUUCAUCAUGAGUUUUAAAGGAACUCACUAUAUUGUGGCAAUAUUGUUUUUCAAUUGCCAUUCAAAAUCAUUACAAUUUCUGAUCUGCAAAUAAUGUCACUGGUGUGUACUUGUGUUGGACUGAACUAACAACUGGAAUCUUUGUGAAAAAUCUUAUGACUUCAGGGAAAGGAAACUGUGGUACGUCAGUGCAAGAACUCUCAUGCUAUAAGCUGAUUCCAGUUCAUCGGUAAUGAGUUAAUGCAGACAAGCUA